UUUUGAUUUCAAAGAUGUUUUAGUGAUUUCGCGACGAGUCGUUCCUCGCUAUGCAGACUUGACUCCAGAAGAGGCAUGUGAUAUGUUUCAAAGUGCUCAAAAAAUCGGGAGAGUAAUUGAGAGAGAAUACAACGGAUCUUCGCUGACAGUGGCAAUACAAGAUGGCCCAGCAGCAGGACAAACGGUGCCACAUUGUCAUGUCCACAUUAUACCACGAAAAGUUGGUGAUUGGGCAAAUAAUGAUGAUAUAUACAAGGAAAUUGACAAAUUGAAACUCGGCAAAAUCUACCAAGCAAAUGAAAAUUCGACUUUAUUCAAAAUUGAUAAUGAGGAAAGGAAACCUCGUUCACCCGAGGAAAUGGCCAAAGAAGCAGAAUUUUUACGUCAAUUUUUUGAACAAAGUGAAAUGUGA